UAUAAGUCACAAUUUAAAAUUUUUUAUCUAACAAUGGUAAGAAUUAAUUGUGCCUUCAAGCUUCUCGUGGCGCAGUGUCUCUUCCUUCUGUGUUCUUCUCAGGAUUUCGAUUUCUUCUAUUUUGUUCAGCAGUGGCCGGCGUCCUACUGCGACUCCCGCCGGAGCUGCUGCUAUCCGACGACGGGGAAGCCGGCGGAGGAUUUCAGCAUUCAUGGAUUGUGGCCGAAUUAUAAUUCCGGCCAGUGGCCGCACGACUGCGACCGCGAGGCUUCUUUGGAGGAAUCACAAAUAUCAGAUUUGAAAAGCAAAAUGGAGAAGGAUUGGCCAACGCUAGCGUGCCCAUCGGCCGACGGGAUGAAAUUUUGGGGACAUGAAUGGAGCAAACAUGGAACUUGCUCGUCUCUUCGGCAACAUGCUUAUUUCGAAGCUGCCCUCAACCUCAAGCACAAAGCCAAUUUGCUACAACGCCUCGCCGAUGCCGGAAUUCGCCCCGGAAAGUUUUACACCCUCAAGGAGUUAAAACAUGCGAUGCAAGAGGGCGUAGGGCACGAGCCGUACAUCGAAUGCAAUGUCGAUCCAGAAGGCAAUCACCAACUUUAUCAAGUUUAUUUGUGCGUCGACACUUCAGGCUCGAACAUUGUUGAUUGUCCUGUUUUUCCGCACGGUAGAGGAUGCGGAUCGAGGAUCGAGUUCCCGUUGUUUUCUUCUGAUUUGGAUUCAAAUUUGAGUUUGAAUUGGAGGGGUGAACUUUGAGCUUGAGCUGGGAAUUGUUCGAUCGAGAAUGGUGUGUUUGAUCAUAGAUAUGUUUCGUUCUUCAUCUGCAUAAUUCUCUAAUUAUUAAUUACCCUCAUUUAUUUA